UUGAUCGUUUGAUUGUUAGGAUUUGUACAUUGUAGAGGAACAAUUUUCUAGAAUAUGGGAUUUCUAUUAUGAUUACGAGACUGAAAUUUAGAAAUCAAAUAGUUUUUUGGUCUAAUUUUGUUUAAGUAUUUCUUCCCACAUAUGUAUCUUCGAUAAUUAGCUCUGUACAGUUUUCUUAUGAAUUUGAUUGCAGUGCAAAGGCCACCUUAUUCCUCAUUUAGUACCCAAAUCAAUACAAUGUUGUUACCAGUGUGAUCAUUGUAACAGAUUGCUAUCUCCUAUGUAUGAAAUACGCAGUACUAUACCUGAUCCCAAUUCUGGGUUGGGGUCUGAUGAAAAUGUUCACUAUUUGGCUUUACUAGUUUCAGUCGCAGCCAGUGUGAUCAUUCUCUUUGUUAUGGUUGUAUGUGUAUAUCUGCAUUACAAAAAGAAAGACGAACAAGUUUCCAUUAUCAAAGCUCCUUGUGUACCAUACCUUCGAGGAAAUUCAACGAUCAAGGACAUGUUAGAUCAUAGCCAGAGUUCUGGUUCUGGUUUACCUUUACUGGUUUAAAGAACAAUAGCCAAGCAGUUAGUUAUGGGCCAUUCCAUAGGUAAAGAUUGAUAUGGUGAAGUUUUGAUGGCCAAAUGGAUGGAAGAAAAAGUUGCUGUCAAGGUGUUUUUCACAACUGAAGAAGCUUCUUGAUUUAGAGAAACAGACAUUUACUCACUGUACUCCUACGUUGACUGUACUCAUGAGACAUUCUGGGUAUAGUUUUUAAAUUUAUUUUUAUUUGGUAUCCUUUAAAUAAAUUAUGAAUUUAAAACAAAAACUUUAGGUUUCAUUGCUGCUGAUAUCAAAGGAACGGGCUCUCUUGGACAUAUAUGUUACCUACUCAUUACCGACUAUCAUGAACUUGGAUCUUUAUUACACGAUUUUCUUCAACAAUAUUCUCCUGGCGGAGUAGCAGCUGGAAGGUUAGCAUUUACGUAAGACGUUUAUGUUGAGGAUCUCGAUUUCUUCAUGCUGGCAUUCAUGAGAAUUUGUUUUACAACAUCAAUAGCAACUACACCCAAUAUUUUUCUUGUUCAUGUUAAACUGCAACUCACGUUCUUUAACAUCUGAAAUUUAUUAUUAACAUUAAUUUGGAAAUUCAAGUUUUCAUCAUAAUAAAUCAUGCAAUUAAAUUAAUAAUGUAAUUAUAUUCGCAAAUUAUACAUAUUUAUUGUUA